AUGUCUGAAGCACAAAGCAGGCCUGCGCGCGGCAGGACCACCGCCCGCGGCGGCAGAGGAGGAGGCUAUGGCUCGCGAGGGCCGCGCGCCACGAACGGCGACAGCGCAUCGGCGGCCGUGGACACGGCCGCAGAGGAUGGCGAGCUGCGCGCGCUGAAGAAGCGCUACUCGUCGCAAUUGACCACACUGAAGGAGCUGUUCCCCGACUGGUCUGACGCCGAUCUCGUGCUCGCCAUCGAGGAGGCCGACGGCGACCUGGAGCGGACCAUUGAGCGCAUCAGCGAGGGCGCCGUCUCCCAGUUCAGCGAGGUGCCCAAAAAGGCCAAGGACCGCUCGCGCUCCAAAGCAACAAAGGAGAACCACGCACCCACAGAGUCGUCGGCCAUCCGCGGCACACGCGGCGAUGCUCCUCGACGCGGCCUUGACAGCGCCCGGGGCGGUCGUGGCCGCGGCACCGACCGAGGCCGUGGUGGCUUCCGCGGCGGUCGUGGAGGCGCCGGCGGCGGACCCCGCAGUGCGUCGACAUCAGUGCCCACGGCCGAAUCCGAUGCCUGGGCCACGUCGACGGCCGAGCCUGGAGCCUGGGACGCGAAGCCAGCGACCGAAGCCAGCGCCGGCGCGUGGGGCGCUCAGCCAGACACCACCAAGGCCGAGGCCGAGAAGAAGGAAGACGCGGUGCCUGGAACCGUGUCGGAGGUGCUGCACGACCCCAAGACGGCGGCGAAGCACCCCAUAGUCGCCGCGAAGAAGACGUGGGCGAGCAUGUUUGCAAAGCCCACCGAGCCUGCUCCGCCCAAGCCGGCUCCCAAGCCCGCAGAGCCCCUCAAGGAGCCCGCUCCUGCCCCCGUCGAGAAGGCUGCCGAAGUCGCUCACGAGCCAGCAGUCCAGGCCGAAGAGCUCCCGAUCCCCCCGGUCGCAGACGAAGUCGACGAGCCCACAAUCAUCGCCGACGACGUGGCCAAGACGCCAGAAAAGGUCGAGGAGCCCGCUGCUGAGCUCGACCUCACACCCUCCAAGGACGAGCUCACCAAGGAGAACGUAGAGCAUCUGCCGGACGUGUCGCACCCGCCGCCCACAGAGACUGCCUUUAGCACCGUCGCCAGCUCCAAGGACAUUGGUAGUGCAGUAGCCACUCCUCUGAGCACAGCUGGCCAGGCACCAAUUGGCCGUCCUGCGGUGGGAGGGUACGCGACAACUGCCCUCAAGGCAACUUCAGGAACACCAAACCGCAGCGCUAGCUUCCAGCGGAGGCUGGUGGAGCAGCACGAGGCUGUCGUCAUGCCAGGAAACCACGCCGUUGACCGGGCAGCCGUCCAAUUCGGCAGCCUGGGUCUUGGCGGCGAGGACGAUGUGGACGAGGACAGGGAGGAGGCAGAGACCAGGACUCAGCCCCCACAACACUCGCCCGUUGCCCAGCCCAGGGCUUCGUUGCCUCCUGCGCCUCGCCAGGCUCCCCAUGUCGACGAGUCUGAGCCCGAGCAGCAGAACCCUACACCCAAGCAGGCCCCAGGCCUUCCCCCGGCGCCCCAGCAGCAACAGCAGCAGCAGCAGCAGCAGCAGCAGCAGCAACAGCAGCAGCAGCAACAACAACAGCAGCAGCAGCCUCUGUCGCAGCAGUCGCCGUCCAACCCCCUUGCGUCGCAGGCGAUGCAGAACCAGGGCUCUCAGCACAGCCAGCCCUACAACCAGUUCGGCCGCUACGGCCAGCAGGCCGAGACCGCUGCCGCGCCAUCUCAGAAGCCCUACGAUCCCUUCGGCCAGCAAAUCCCGUCGUCGAACCAAUACGACUACCCUGGCCAGCAGAGCCACGCUCAGUCGCAGCCCACCCCAUUCUCCUCCGCACCCGCCGAUUACUCCUCCCAGUACCUCACUUCGGAGCAGCAGCGCAACGCCUACCAGCAAUACUACAACAACUACAACCAGCAGGCUCCCAGCCAGCAGGAGGCCGGCUCUGCUCAGCAGCGCACUGGCAGCGGCUUCGGCUCCGGACCCCAGGACUCUUUCUCUCAGGGCCAGCAGAGCCGCUACGCCGACGCCAACAACAGCGGACACAACACCCCGAACCCCAGUCUUGGGAGCCAGCUUCCCUCGGGACCUGCUUCCCAGAGCCAGCACAGCCAGGGCCACAGCCAGCAGUCGCAGCAGGGCCAGCACGGUGCCUAUCCGUACAACCACCCGUACUACGGCAGCCCGUACUACGCCAACUACAUGAACCAAUUUGGAGGAUACGGUCAGCAGCAGGGCUACGGCAGCUUCGGGAAGGGCAUGUACGGCCAGCCCCACCACUACGGAAUGUCUCCUCAGGCUUCGUACGACCAGCACUCAUCUUCGCCGGCCAACGCAGGCGGCUUUGCCGCUUCCAACGAACGCGGGAGCGGAUUCGGCGGUCUCGGCGACUACGGUCGCUCGGCUUCUGGCACAGGUCAGAACCACAGCGCCACUUCCGGCUCUGGAUUCGGCGGCAUCCCCGACACCUUCAGCCGACCUGGAUACACAGGCCAGAGCUCGUACGGCCAGCAGCAGGGCGGCCAACAGGGCGGCGAAGACUCUCUCAAGGGCUUUGGUGAGUCGAAGAGCACUGGUCCCAGCCAGUCUGCGCUGGGAGCCCAGCAGGGCCGUCCUGGAUCAGCCACCCAAGGCACCCCUAGCCAGAGCGCUCAGGGCCUACACCAGCAGCAGUCCCACCAGCAGGGCUUUGGCGGUUACCCCAGCCACCUUGGCGGAAACAGCCAGUACGGCGGACUUGGUGGGCUUGGUCACCAGCAGGGUGGCAACCAGCAGAGUGGCUACGGCAACUAUGGUGGAUUCGGCGGCGGCUACGGCGGUGGCAACUACAACAGCCGCGGUGGCUGGGGCACCAACUAUGGCCAGCACUAG